AGCCCUAACGUCAUUGUCAGCGAGCCAACGGCACGCUCACGGGUCCGAGCCAGCAGUCAGUCACAGAGCUCGCGACCACAGAACAAUGACACAACGAACGGAGAAUGGCUUCUUCUACUAAGGCCCCCCAGGCUGCACCCGUCAUAACACGGUUGUCGUACGAUGCACCUCCCGGAGGUUAUAGCUCGUUUCUGAGUGGUACUGGGAAGUAUUUUGCUGGCGGAGGCCAGCACACACCGGACAAUGCUCGGGUCUUAGAAGCGUUAGCCGUUGAUCCCUCAUCGGCGACGCUUGAACUGGCCCUUGCGGACGAAGGCUAUGGCAGCGUCAGCACUAUUUCUACUAUGUUUUGGGUAGCAGAAGCCUUUACAGUGAUUGUCCUUCUGCUAGUCAUACCCAUCGUCUGCUUCAUGUACCCGAAACGGAAAAAAUGGGUGCUUCUGUUCCUUGGACUCACGACGGGCUUGUUCCUUUGUCUGGGUGGCUUGCUGUUGCUCCUCAUGGCUAUGUUCGGCACACGCAGCAACAUGGUUCGUACGCUGGACACGGAAUUGCCCCAGACUUACUCUUGGCUGUUUCAAAACUUCCUGGCAUACGUGCUACGUACUUCCAAUGAACUCAUCCACACGGAAGCAGCUCUUAACGCAUCGGCUGCUACAGACAUUCAAAACAGGAUCCUCGGAGAAACUGCAGAGACGCAAGCAGCAAUCAGUCUCGUUCAAGGCAAUAUCAGCAAGUUUGACGAGAAGUUCGACGUGUACGAGAAUGUGCAAUCGACGGUUGCGACCUGGUUCUUGUUGCCCACCGGCGUCCUAGCCUUAGUCAUUACCAUAACGCUCAUCGUCUGUUUUGCUGGGUUCUACGGAUUUGCCAGAGCGAACAGUGGAAAGCAGACUCUGUUGGGACCAGUCUUUCUGGUGACUGGCGUGCUCCUGCUCUCCUACAACCUGAUAGCUCUGCCCUACCUCAUCUACCUCCUACCGUGGUGCACGCUGGGACAAGGCAACGUGUGCGGUCCUUACGAAGACCGUAAAUACGGGGUGCUCGAUGACGGCAUUCAGAAGUUGUGGCCGACACAGUCCAGAGCCGAGCCCUACAAUCGCUUGGUGCCCAGCAUCGUUUUGGAGAAGUGUGAUAAACCGGGAAAGUCAGUGUUAGAUUUGGCACCCGUCGACAAGACCAAGAAAUCUGACUGGAACAUCGAGUACGCCGUUCCGCCACCUCAAAAAGCGCCAGAUCCAGCAGCCGCAGCCAACGCCAGCGCACCAGCCGUCGGUGACUGUUCAGUGGUAGAGAAUAUGAUUACUGCUGGCAUGACUGCGCUCUGCCCCCUGUUCGUUGAUGACCUCGUUGGCUACUGGGCUGCCCAUUUUUACGCAGUCUUCGUCGCUUUCGUCGCCGCCGUUCUCUGCUUCAUAAUGGCUAUUAAGUUUAUGGCUUCGACGAAGAAACAAAAGCGGAAGAGAAAACGGGGCCGCUACGACGAGGAAGACGGCGACGAUUUUGAAAAAUUUGACGACGCUUACCCGCCAGGUGAUAUCUCCCACUACGACUACAGCAUUCACGAUUAUAGCAGACACGAAACACCCGAAGACGGCUCAUCGAGAAGGGGAAAGAAGAUAGCACAAGGGUUUUGGGGACCGUAUGAAGUUGACGAUGACGGUGCUGCGGAUGGUGCAGAAGAAAGCCCCAGAAGUAGGCGGCGAAAGCGAAAGAAGAGACGAGGAUACUGGGACGAUGACGACGGUGAGGGAGAACUUGAAGAGAGCACCAAGAGAAGGCGAAGGAGACGAGGGUUCUGGGAUGACGGCGACGAUGAUCUCACUUCUCCACUUGUGAACAGCAUGUACGUCUCCAGCGUGGAAGGGAGGAGACCAAAGUCUAGAAGAAGGCGAAGAAAGAGGAAAAAGAAGAGGAGGAAGAAGAGGAAGAAGGGCCGAAAAGGUCGGAAGCGUCGUCGCAAACGUAAGAAGUCAAAACGUAAACGUAAACGUCCUGCUGCUUCUCCAACUUCUCCAAAACAGCCCCCACCACAGCUUCCAAAAUCUCCCACAAAAGAAUCCAUUGCAAAGGUUCCUCCUCCUCCACCAACUGAGCCUAAGCCUCCUGCACCUCAGCCUCCUGCGGAACCUCGGAUUAUCUCUAAAACAUCGAUUUCUAGUCAGACAAGAGUUGUGCCGGUACCAGUGCCGAUACCAAUUCCUAUUCCGGUUCACAAUAAGAGUGCUCCCUCGCGUUCUACCAUCAUCCUCAGCAGCCGAGAGCGAAAGGCCCCAUCACCCCCGUCUCAGUCGUCGUCAUCGUUACCUCCACUACCAUCGAUGAUGUAUCCGCCCCUUCCGCCACCGAUAUAUCCCAUCGUGCCCCCGUCGCCUUAUCCAUUUCUACUGCAGCAGAAUGCAUACAUGCCAGGUCGUACUGGCAUCCCAGGAAUGAUGGGUGCGGUGCCCCAGCCGAUGGCUUCCAGAUACCCGUCACCAUAUCCCAUCCGCUACCCAGGUGUGUCACCAUACAGCGCGUAUCCAUGGAGUUAUGCGGCGGCCUCCUAUCCACGUGGUAGCAGACCGUAGAGACACCCGCCGACCUGCUGGCUGGAUACAACGUCCACUCGUCAAAUGUCGUUUUCGCCGGCAACAACAGUGGAACGCGCCUUUUGUGCAAAAAAUACUUCGUCUCACCCUGGAACGUUGCAUAGUUUUGAACGGAUGUCAUAAAGAUACAAAGUCUCGGUAUGUUAGCAGCCGUGUGUAAAAUGUAUGUGAGAACGCGAAUCUCGGGUAACGGUUUUUUAAAUACUGUUCUAUAGUGUAAAGAGUUUCGGCUCAGUAUGUCUAAUGCAAGAAAGCGAAAUUCAUGUACACUAGACUAUACCCUUGGUAAAUGGGAAGUUUCGGAGCAA